AUGGGAUUGCCUCAAGUUCCCUCGACUGGAACUUCUGAGGAAGUACUAGCUGCAUCUCUGGGCUCGUUUUUACAAAGCCCGCCUCGGUUUUCUAGUAUAAGCACGUGUGAUAUGGAUGGGAUGCAUGGUGGGACUGCAAGUCGAAUGGGGGGAAACCCAUUAUGCUCCUCUUUAGGAGAUUACCAGACAAGAGCCUCUCUGGAAUUUUCAAGGUUCCCUGAUGAUUCAUUUAGUUUGAGAAGGACCACAGAAGUUACCAACAAUGUUCAUGGUUUGACAAUUGGUUCUGUUGAUAAAUCUGGUCAGAUCACUCCGAAAAAUGGGCGGAAUAUUCAGACCCCUGCUUCUAGGAUUGUAGGAUUUGAAUCAAGUGGAACAAGUUCUCUAAAUGAUGGCUCCAAGGGUGUUUUAUCUGGUCAUGUUCACUCUUCUUCUGCAGUUAAUGUUACAACUAAUGAUGUUGUGAACAGUGGAUCCCUAGUCAGGAAGCGGUUGUCGUCACCAUUGACUAGUAUGCUUUUUCCAGAUCAGUUUAAAGGUGAUCAUUUAGACAUUGGUUGCAGAAAUUCUCAAACAAAUUCUCCCACUCUGAGUGAAAAUUUCAGUGCAUCUAUUGCACAUGAUUAUAAGAAAGCAAAUGUUGGGAGCAAAAAUCACUUUACAAUGCCAACUUGGUCUCUAUCUAGUUGCUUGGAGCAGAAGAACAUGCCACAUGAUAUUAGUAGUAUGGAAUCCGUUAUUUUCACCGAUGGCCCUUUGCUGGAAAACAAGGAUCCCCUACCUCAUAAUAGUUGUUCAUCUUCACCUAGACUUUUGAGAGAAUUGACUAAUGCAAAAGCCCAGAGUGGGGCAAUAUUCAUAUCUCCACGAGAAGUGAUCUCGCCUUCGCAUUCGUUGUCACCUCUUGGCCCCAAGUUGUCUGAAAGAUUUAAAACUGUAGGGGGCUGCAGGACUGCUAACAAAGAGUUGGAGGAUUGUCAUUCAACCUUAAGGAAUGUAAAACAAACACUUGACAAGUCUGAUCCAGACAUUCUAUUUUCCCCUGAAGUAGGGGAGUUUAGGAUUGCUAGUAAAUUAUUUGAAGAUGUUGAUAUUUUUCAGAAGGACUUCCAUCCAUCUUCUCUAGAAAAUGGUACUGGCGUAAGUUAUUCUUUGUCCCAAGGGACCCAAUGCAUGAGAUUUGUUAGAAGUUUGAGUGGACUUCCUGUUCGGAGAUCCCUGGUUGGUUCAUUCGAAGAAUCUCUACUGUCUGGUCGAUUCUUAUCAGGGAAACCCAGCCAGAGAAUCGAUGGUUUUCUGGCUGUACUAAGCAUCACUGGGGGAAACUUUUCUCCACAAUCACAGAAGCUUCCUUUUUCAGUAACUAGUGUAGAAGGAGACUGCUAUUUAUUGUAUUGUGCAUCCAUACACCUUGCGGGAAAUUCUGCAUUGAAUAGGAGUGGAGGACAAAAGCUGAAACGAGGCCUUAGCAAUGAUGGUUCCCAGAUUGUAACAAGCCGCCUGCGCAUUCCUGUGAAGGGCCGUAUACAACUGGUUCUAAGCAAUCCAGAGAAGACGCCUAUUCAUACUUUCCUUUGCAACUACGAUUUAAGUGACAUGCCAGCUGGUACCAAAACCUUCUUGCGCCAGAAGGUCACCUUAGCUUCAUGUAGCCCAACUGCUACACAGUCAAAACAAGGGAAGACUGAUGUACAUGCAAAAGUCAUAGACAAGAAGGAAUUAAAGGAUCCAGCUGGAGUAGACGUUGUGCAAACAAGAAGAUCUGUAGAUCAGAAAACCAAAAUUAGAAGUGAGUGCUCUGAUUUAGUGGAUUCAAUCGAUGAGGGGGAUAUGUCCAAGUCAUCCCCUAAAACAGGAAGGGUAUGCACUCGUUCGUUCAUUGUUGAGAGGAGCUUUAAUGAUGAUGAGUACCCAAGCAGUAAUGGGAAGGAGCGCAACUGGGUUGAUGGCUGCCAUGAAACUGACAGGAAACAAGUACAUGGUUGUUCGAGGGUAAAUCAAAAUAGUAAUGGUGGUCUUCGCUAUGCACUUCAUCUCCGUUUCAUAUGCCCUUUUCCUAAAAAAUGUUCUAGGUCGGUUCAGAGAUGCAAAUCAGAUCCCCUAUCUACACCAGAAAGAACGGGAUUAGACAUGGAUGGGGAGCGCAGAUUCUACUUAUACAAUGACUUGAGGGUUGUGUUCCCCCAACGCCACUCAGACGCUGAUGAGGGGAAGUUGAACGUGGAAUACCAUUUCCCAGAUGAUCCGAAAUACUUUGUCAUCAACUGA